CAACUUCGCAUACGAACUAUCGCAACCCAUCGAUCAGCAGUGACACGACAGGCUCAGCCUUGAUGCCGACGGAAGGAUGCCUUCGAUAGCUUUGGAAGCACGACCUUGCGACUCGCCGCGAGUACAAACUGAAAUGGCCAUAAGAUCAAACAGACUCCGAAACCCCCGAAGACCCGCGGACGGAAGCAAAGGGGCACGUCUGAGCCACGGUCAGAUAUUGGCAGCAUUGCUGGCGAAAGACGCGCUCGAUGUCCUCGUCAACGAUCGACCCGAGCAGACGACGCGUAUACUGCACUAUGAUCCCAAGAACACCAGUGACAUGGUGUCGGUCGCGACGACGCUCGAUGACUCCCAUCCGACCAGGCAUAAAGAAAGCGGAAGACGCCCUAUCUUCUUCUGCUUGAAGAGUCGCUUCUCUCUGACCUUCAAGUUAUCAGGGAUAUAAUUGUGCUCCUUCGAGCACAGCCUUCACGAAGGGCGUAAGACUAGAAGAGCCACUGUGUGGAAGCAUUCCCCAUGUUCAAGGGCGAGCCGGCUUGGCUGUUGGCGAACGCACUAUGAGCUGCAGUAUUACACACCCUGCGCUGCUUCAACAUGAGCUUGACACAUCUCGCAGAAGUGUAGACAUUCUCUCAUAUAUGAAUUUCCCGCAUCCAUGUAGAGCCACCGGCAGCUCUCCAGCCCAUACAGAUUUUGAAGAAUUUGAGGCAUCUUAUGCAGUACCAGCCGACUUUGGACGUGGCCAGCAAACCAGACAACAGGAGAUUCUAACAGCACCAUCCUCGCAUAGCAAGCCUGUCAGCUAUGGAAGUUCAAGCAGAGCUACAAAAGGAGUGUCAGCGCCGGAAUCCUCACGAUACGCCGAUACCAUGGUGUCGAAGCUCCAGAAACGAGCAUCAAGUGUCGAUCUCUUCGGAAUUGCCAGCGAUGAUAUGAUAUACCAUAAGAGCCCUGAAGGAGCACUGGACAGCCCACACGAUCUCAGCAUGAGAUCUGAUCUCCCCAGAGCCGUCCAGGACGAUACAGUACGUCUGGCAUCCGGAUACCAUAGCGCAAGCCAAUAUGUCUUAUCCGAUCUUCCGCGAAUCGCCAAAGUCACUGAAAUAUAUCUGGAAUCCGGAUGCCACAGCGCAAGCCAGUAUGACGAGAUCGGAGCCCUAGAAAUCGGAUCUCCCGCGUGUCAUUCCACAUACGAUGGAUCAGGCCAGGCAUCCCGAAGGAAAGCAUCGGACAGCUCUUACUUUUCCCCCUCUUCAGGAACAGUCGAUAAUGAUAUGAUGUACCUCCUCGCACCUGGAGACCACUGUACCGUAGCCCGAAUCUUCUCCUGCUUCAUAGACCUGGAUUCUGGAUCGAGUUUCCGCGGACUUCAAGGUCAUGGAAUAGUAUACCUGGAUUCCGGAGACCUUGGAUGCGCUUCUCCACACGAAACCAAAGAAGAUAAGACGAGGAACUAUACCUGGAUUCCGGAGACCUUGGAUACGCUUCUCUGUACGGAACUAGCCAAAGAAGAAGAUGAAGAAGUGAGCAUUGUUCUUCUUACCAAUCAACUCAAGCCUAAUGCGCUUCUCUAUACGGAGCCAAAGAAGAUAAGAAGAGGAAGUGAGCAUGCAAAUCAUCUCAACCCUGGUUGUCUCCGUGGUCCUCGGUGCCAUAGAAUAGCAUACCUGGAUACCGGAGACCUUGGAUGCGGAGCUAAAGAAGAAGAAGACAAGGAAGUAAGCAUCAUCCUGCCUGCUUACAAACCAGCUCAACCCUGCUAUGCCUGGAUUCCGGAGACCUUGGAUGCGGAGCCAAAGAAGAAGAAGACGAAGAAUCUGGUUGUUUCCGCGGAACCUUGGAUACGCUUCUCUACACGGAGCCAGCCAAAGAGGAAUAAGACAAGGAACUCCCGGCUAGUCUAUACGUGGAUCCCGGAGACCUUGGAUGCACUUCUCUCCCCCUGUUCUCGUCGUCUCCGCGGACUUCGACGCACUGGAAUAGUAUACCUGGAUUCUGAAGACCUCAGAGGCACUUCUCGAUAUGGAGACCAACCCAGAAAGAAACAGCGCGCAGUGAACUUCUCCUGCUCACAAGUCAGCUUGUCUGGUAAUUCUCCGCGGACUUGCGAGGUUAUAGAAUCCUAUACCUCGAUCCCGACCACCUUGGAUGCGCUUCCCAACAUGAAGACCAACUCGGAAGAAAGCACGCGCACCUGGUUCUUCUCCAUGGUCCUUAACGCAAUAGAAAGCCAUGCCUGGAUUUCAAACACCCUGGACCCGCUUCUCUACACGGAAACCAACUUAUCAAGAAAGCCCGCGCAUCGGGUUCUUCUCCGUCGUCCUCAACGCAACAGCAAUCUAAACCCAGAUACCGAAGCCCACACACCAACCAAUACAUAUAGAGGAGACACACAGAGAGAGAGAGAGAGUGUGUGUACACCGACUCGACCCGAUAUACUCGACCCGACGACAACCAACUUGGGGGAAAAAAUAAGAAAAAAAGAGAGCGCGGUGAACUUUCUCCUACUCGCACAUUACCUCCACAAGCUAUGCCUGGAUGCUGGAGACCAUACAAUGACCAAUCCAUAUGAGAGACAGAGAGGACUCGGAAGCGCGCACUUCACUCUAGUUCUUCUCCGUAGUACGCGAUGCAACAGCAAUCUAUGCCUGGAUGCCGGAGACCAUACAACCACCAAUCUAUAUGAGAGACAUAGAGAAAAAGACAAGAAAUGUGAACAGCGAAUUGCUCACGUAGAAAUCGACUCGACGUACUCGACAUCCUCGACAGCAUAUACCUGCGACUUGAACAGCACGAAUAAGACAAGGAAAAGGAGAAAAGGAUGCAGUUCUUUUAGCCUCAUGCAAGAGUGUGCCAAGAUCACCUGAGCCGGCCUCCCUCGGCUCUCUCUCCCCUCGAUGCAUUACAUUACAUGUUAGCAGAUGCCAUCUGCUAUGCAAUGCUUGUAUGUUAUCUGUGAGAUGAUCCUACUUCUCACUGCCUUGGGCGGAGAGGGUCACCUCGCUGUCCUCCUUCAAGAAGAGGGGGUUGGCGAAGGUGCCAUCCCUCAUGUCCCCACCACUGCCAUUGCCGCCGAAGUUGAAGGGCAUCAUGUCAUUGCCGAACAUGUCCCACAUGCCACCACCACCACCGAAGAGUGGAUUUGGGAUGAAGGAGUUGUUGCCAGAGCUAUUGGCCUGGUUGGAAGUGGUCAUGCCGGCCUGACCAGACACGUUGGCACCAAAGGCGUUGCCGAAUCCGCCCAUACCACCGCUCAUACCUCCGAUCUGGUAGCCAGGGCUGGGGUUGACAGUACCGUAGCCGCUGGAAGAUGGACGGAAGCCGGUGUUCAUCUGACCCCACGAAGGCUGACGAGAGUGGAUGCGCUGACCGCCGUAUGGCACCUCAUUGGUGACUGGUGGCGGACGGGUCGAGUAGCCGAAGCCAGAGGUGAGGAAGUUCAUGUUGGAAGGCUGGUCGAACGUGAUCUCUGGGCCGGUAUUGUCGCGGUGGAUGCUGAUGCCGGAGCGCUUCUCUUGCUUGAUGGUACCACGUGCGCGGUAGGUGAGGUCGUCAUCAUCGACAUCGCCGAAACCGCCGCCAUAGUAUGGGCCGUUGAGAGUCUGACCGUAGCCUGCAUUGAC